AUGGCGGGCUCGAAAUUUGCCUAUGUGAGGAAAUUUGAACUCCCGGAUGUUCUCCUACCGAGUACAUUCAUGGUGUUUCGCCUUGAUGGACAUUCUUUUCACCGCUUCUCUGAUGAACACGGAUUCGUGAAACCAAACGAUCUACGCGCGCUUCAGCUCAUGGAUCAUGCAGCGAAAUCUUUAAUGGAGGAAUACAAAGAUAUUGGUUUAGCAUUUGGAGAAUCGGACGAGUACAGCUUUUUGCUCCGAAAAUCUACCGCGCUGUAUAACAGACGUCAAGCAAAGAUAGUCUCAACUCUCACAUCGCUAUUCACUUCAUGCUACGUGUUCCACUGGCCGAGAUACUUUCCCGAUGUGCCUUUACGAUAUCCGCCAUCGUUUGAUGGGCGUAUUGUUUUAUACCCGUCUGAACAAGAAGUACGAGAUUACUUUGCGUGGCGACAAGCAGAUACUCAUAUCAACAAUCUGUACAACACAGCGUUUUGGGCCCUCAUACAGCAAGGUGGGCUGACCACGACAGAUGCGCACGCAGUCCUCAGAGGGACUGUUUCGAAGGACAAACAUGAGAUUCUUUUCUCCCGCUUUGGAGUCAAUUAUGACAAACUAGAUCCUCGGUAUAGGAAAGGCAGUGUUUUUGUCCGCGCCGAGGUGCCUUCAUAUAAAAAGAAGGGGAAAGUUGCGACUCAGCUGGAACUUCUGCACUGUGACAUCAUACGGGACGAUUUCUGGGAAAAAUACGGCCAUAUCUUGAGGGAGUAG